AUUCAGCCUUGCAGCGCUCUCGCUCACCGCUCGGUCUCUUUGCGCAGCCGGUAGAGGAGAGGACGGAGGCGCCAUUUUAAGACAACUUCUCUAAAUUCCACCAUGUAUCCGACCACACUGACCCAGCUCUCUCGGGCGAACCCCUUCAGCGCCCCGUUGUUCACGCUACAGAAGGCGGAUGAGCCCGAAUCACACACCGCUGUACAGAAGCGCACAUUUGCAGCUGCCGCGGUUGCCGAUUCAGGCAAUAGCUGUGAGUUCGGCUCAGGGAAAUACUACGCCCUCUGUGGGUUUGGGGGCAUCUUGAGUUGUGGUAUCACGCACACGGCCGUCGUACCACUCGACUUGGUGAAGUGCCGCCUCCAGGUGGACCCAGAUAAAUACAAGAGCAUCUUCAAAGGAUUCUCAGUCACGAUCAGAGAGGAUGGCAUGCGAGGGUUGGCCAAAGGUUGGGCGCCCACCUUCAUCGGCUACUCCAUGCAGGGGCUCUGCAAGUUCGGCUUCUAUGAGGUCUUCAAAAUCAUGUAUGGAGAUAUGCUAGGAGAGGAAAAUGCAUACAUGUGGAGAACCUCGCUGUAUCUGGCUGCCUCUGCCAGUGCUGAGUUCUUUGCAGAUAUUGCUCUGGCCCCUAUGGAGGCGUGUAAAGUGCGUAUCCAGACUCAACCCGGCUACGCCAACACCUUGAGAGAGUGCGCCCCCAAGAUGUACGCAGAGGAAGGAAUCUGGGCGUUCUACAAAGGUGUGGUUCCUCUGUGGAUGAGACAGAUCCCCUACACCAUGAUGAAGUUCGCCUGCUUUGAGCGCACCGUUGAGUUGCUUUACAGAUACGUGGUGCCCAAACCCCGCAGCGAAUGCUCCAAAUCUGAACAGCUGGUCGUCACAUUUGUUGCUGGAUACAUCGCUGGUGUGUUCUGCGCCAUCGUGUCUCACCCUGCUGACUCGGUCGUGUCCGUGUUGAACAAAGAGAAGGGAAGCACCGCCAUGCAAGUUCUCAAGAAACUCGGACCUAAAGGUGUAUGGAAGGGUUUGGUCGCCCGUAUCAUCAUGAUCGGUACCCUGACCGCCCUGCAGUGGUUCAUCUACGAUUCUGUGAAGGUGUACUUCCGUCUGCCCCGCCCACCUCCCCCAGAGAUGCCCGAGUCCCUAAAGAAGAAGCUCGGCCUCACCGAGUAGAGCGUCAGCGAGAUCCAAUGAUGGCCCUCAUUCCUUAAUGUCCCAUCGACACUGUCCCACACCUCUGUUUUCUAUAUUUAAGUCUGCACUGAGCGCUGCUCACCCCUGCCCCGCCCACCUCAUACAUCAUAAUGGUGAAGGGGUCACCGGUCCCCGUCAUGGGGAAAUUCCUUCUAAAUAGUCUAUAUAAUAAGAUUUGUGAAAUGAAUGAAUGCCGUCUGGUUUUAACCUCUGACAUUUGUUUGUCUAUAGUACAAUAAAUGAGCUACCUGGAUAUUAUACACGAAGUGGUCUUGGUUUGUUUAAUUUCACGUUUAAAUGAAUCGUUCACCCAAAAACUAAAGUAGUCAUUUUUUUUGUUCACUCUCGUGUUUCAAACAUCUGUGGAGCACACAAGGAGAUGUUGGGGAUUGAGUUUUUUUUAUUCUAUGGAAAAUAGAUGCAAUGAAAGUGAAUGGUGACUGAAGCUGUCAGUUCCUAAUAUUCUGCCUAUUAACUCCAGUGUGUGUGUUCCAUGGCUAAAAGAAAGUCCAUACCGGUUUGGAACAACAUGAGGGGAAAUAAACGAUGACUGAAAUGAACUGUUUGAUGAUUAUUUAUUACUUUGACUGCAGGUUUUUAGUAGCCUGAAAGGGUUGUGCAGUCACACAAUGUAAUUCAACCAACAUGCAUUAAUCUGCUCUCAUUGGUUUGUCACGGAGUUAAAAAAAUAAAAGUUAUACAAAUAUU